CCCGGAACCAAACGCAGAUCGAGUGUUUCUCGUGGAGCCUGUUUACCUGCAACGCCGGGAUCCACACAUGUGAGGGUAAUCAUGGCGAAGGAAGACACGUUAAAUAUGUUAGAAGAGUGUUUUAAGAAGUUAAACCACAACACAACAAACCCGGAGGAUUUUCUGAGCCUCCAGAAUGAAGUGGCCGCUGACUUCACAUCGAUUACCAAAAGCCUCUAUGACCUGCACAAAUCACAGGAGCCCGGUGGUUUUAACGCCAGUCCCCUGGCAAAGCUUGUGGUGGAACAUUUUGAUGAGGAGCAAAUUUGGCAGGAGCUUGAGCUGCAAAACGCUGCUGUCCUUAAACGCUUUAAAAUUGCAGUAGAAAGUGCAUUGUCAGAUGAGGCAUUGGGAAUGUUGGAGGAACAGGAUGAAUUGGAAGAAGGGAGUGUGGAUGAGGAAGAUGAUAAUGAACAGCCUGACGAUGAGGAGGAAGAACAACCACAUGGGAGAAUGGAUGAAGAUAUCACAGACGAGGACUCUGACUUGGACUUUGACGUUGACGCUCUCGAACAACGGGAGAAGCAGAAGCAACAGGAGAAAAAUCUUACGGGCAAAAGUUCCAAGCUGAAAGCUGUACCUUCUGAAGUGGAUGAUAGGUUUUUCAAACUGUCCGAGAUGGAGUCAUUUCUUGAUGACAUGGACAAAAAAGAAGGAAAAGAGAAUGCGGAUGACAUUGAUUACUUUCAGGAUCUGCCCUCUGACAACGAUGAUGGAGACAUUAACCUUGAGUUCCUGUCUAAGAAGAAGCCAAAGAAAACAACGGCCGGCAGUUCCAGAAAUUUCAUGUACAAGGACUACUUUAACAACGCAGACGGUGCAGUCGCUGAAGCGGAUGAAGUGUCAGGCGAUGACGACAAUAUGGAUGAGGACAUGGAGGGAGCUGCUGAAAAAACUGAUGAUGAGUUGGAGGAGGAAGAGGAGAGUGAUCAAGAAGAUGAAACCAACCAGUCUAAAACCUCUAAGAAAGUGACCUUUAACCUCUCAGAAGAUGACAGUGAGGGCGAGGACUUGGCAGAUAUAUUUGGCGGCAAGAAGCAAAACCCAGAGGAGGUCAAGUCUUCAUUUGAGAAGCGGCAAGAGAAGAUGUCUGAGAAGAUUGACCAGCUGGAGAAAGCUGCUCUGGGUGAAAAGUCCUGGCAGAUGUUGGGAGAAGUGACAGCGGAGCGUCGUCCAGAGAACAGCAUGCUUGAAGAGGAUUUAGACUUUGAGCAAACAUCUCGGAUGGCUCCUGCCAUUACUGAGGAAACAACGUUGCAGCUUGAGGACAUUAUCAAACAACGAAUUAAGGAUCAGGCCUUUGAUGACGUGGUCCGAAAAGAGAAACCCAAAGAGGAGGUUUUCGAGUACAAAAAGCGACUGACACUUGACCACGAGAAGAGCAAACAAAGUCUGGCAGAAAUAUAUGAGCAGGAGUACCUGAAGCAGAACCAGCAAAAGGCUGAGGAAGAAGAGAACCCCGCUCAUGUGGAAAUUCAAAAGCUUAUGGACACCCUGUUCAUGAAGUUAGAUGCCCUGUCCAACUUCCACUUCACUCCCAAACCGUCUGCUCCAGAGGUCAAAGUGGUGUCCAAUCUGCCUUCUAUCACAAUGGAGGAGGUGGCUCCAGUCACUGCCAGUGACGCUACACUGCUUGCUCCAGAGGAAAUCAAGGAUAAAAACAAAGCUGGCGAUGUUCUGGGUGCGUCUGAGAAGACGGCCACAGAUAAGAAACGUGAGCGACGACACAAGAAGAAGGUGAAACAGAUUAAGAUCAAGGAGAAAGAAAAGAGACAGAAGUUGAGGGACGCGAGCAAAGUUGGAGAAAACAAGAGGCCGUCAAAGGCUGCAGUCGCAGAGAACCUGAAGAAACUCACGAAGGGCGGCAAAGCAACAAUACUGAAAGACGAGGGGAAGGACAAGGCCCUGCGCUCCUCUCAGGCUUUCUUCUCACAGCUGCAGGAUCAGGUCAAAAGUCAAAUCAAAAGCGCAAAAGACCAGUCUUCAAAAAAGAAGAAACUCCAAGACGUCUCUGUCAGCAAACUCAAGUUGUAAUAAAUGAUGCUUUACUUGCAGAAAAUGAUUUUAUUGUACAGUAUUAUGUUUGUCAUGCAAUUUUAAA